AUGGGUGUGGACGAUUGGCGCAAGAACUUCAAUCAGAGGCUGGACACUUUCGGGGAGGAUGCGAUGCGCAAGGUGCGGCAGCAGCGGGAGGUCAAUGCGGGUGGCUCUUCCUCGACUCCCAAAGUGGGGCUGCAGGAUCGGAUGAACAUGCUCAAGGGGCAAGAUCCGCGGUGGAAUCGGGAUGUGGAAGCGAGAGCGAGUGCAGCGGGUGCGGGAGGUGAGGAUCACUCGACCGUCGUGCCUGAGAGAAGCAGGGUGCCACCGCCGCCGCCGUCGAGGUUGAAUCAAUCGAGGCCGCCACCGCCGCCGUCAAGGCAUUCAGGAGGAGUAUCGGCGCCAGCACUGCCGCCUAGGAUGCAGAACGAGGAGGGGACGAGCAACCCGCCCCCGCCGUAUCCUCCGGUGCACGCAGAGCACUCAUACCCAACCAGCACCGGCGCCGGACACAUUGAGUUUUCAAGAUUCACACCGGCUGACAAGCAGGCUUUCUUUGGGCUGCUCGAUGAGUACUUUGACCAACGCGAGCGUGGCUCGCGCUGA